GGGCCCGUCUCUAUGGUGGCGGAGGGACCAGACCCCGAAGGUUGUGGGUGUAGUGGCCGGAGCCUCACGAGGGAGGCGAGGGUGGUUGGUGCCAACAGGGGGCGAAGCGGGAACCGGAGCCAAGACCCUCGGCCGCCUCCCGCCGCCCUCCGGCAGGAAACCACGGGAACCCUCAAGAGUCGCCCUGAAUCUCGGAAUCACUGCACUGGCAGCGCUGUUCAUAGGACCCGCGUGCAGCCCCACGUCGCCCCCUCUCUGGGCCGAAGUCAGACUUCUUUUGGGUCCAAGGCCUCAUUUGUAUCGUGGUCACCUGGUAGGGCCGGACCGAGCUUCAGGCGGGGACAUACACCCGACACAGACCAAAGCAGAGGACCCCAAGUAACGUUACCACCAGGUCCGUGGCUUUGGGGAGGGGCUGCCUUAGGCCCCCCGCCCCAGGGAUGGGAGCAGAGAGCAGUGCUCUGAAGAGCUGUGCAAUAAAGGGGCCCCCGGUCACCCUGCCCUCCGGACUCGCCGUGUUCCCCGCCGAGCUGCAGGAUGGCAGAGUCGCGUCGGUGUUUGUGUACAAGAGAGAAAACGAAGACAAGGUUAACAAGGCCGCCAAGCACUUGAAGACACUUCGGCACCCGUGCCUGCUGAGGUUCUUGUCUUGCACGGUGGAGGCGGACGGCAUCCAUCUGGUCACGGAGCGGGUGCAGCCUCUGGAAGUGGCCUUGGAGACGCUGUCCUCCGCCGAGGUCUGCGCUGGCGUCUACGACGUCCUGCAGGCGCUGGUCUUCCUCCACGACAGAGGACACCUAACACACAACAACGUCUGCUUGUCGUCUGUGUUUGUGAGUGAAGAGGGGCACUGGAAGCUGGGAGGGAUGGAGACCGUCUGCCAAGUGCCCCAGGCCACCCCGGAGUUUCUGCGGAGCAUCCAGUCAGUGAGAGAGCCGGCUUGUAUCCCUCCUGAGGAGAUGUCUCCAGAAUUCACGACCCUGCCCGAGCCACACGGACACGCGAGGGAUGCCUAUGCGUUUGGGAUGCUGGUGGAAAGGCUGCUCUCAGUCCUGAGUGGACAGGUUUCAGUGGACGUUCUCCGCAGCUUCCGGCAGACCUCGCACUCAGCCCUGCUGAGCCCCGUCCCCCAGUGUCGGCCGGCGCUCCGCACCCUCCUGUCCCAUGACAUCUUCAGGAACGAUUUUCUAGAAGUUGUGAAUUUCUUGAAAAGUUUAACAUUGAAGAGUGAAGAGGAAAAAACUGAAUUCUUUAAGUUUCUGCUGGACAGAGUCAGCUGCUUGUCAGAGGAGCUCAUAGCCUCCCGGCUGGUGCCCCUGCUGCUCAACCAGCUGGUGUUCGCGGAGCCCGUGGCUGUGAAGAGUUUUCUUCCUCAUCUGCUAGGCCCCAAAACAGGUGCGCCUGGAGAGACCCCCCGCCUGCUGUCGCCGGCCCUGUUCCGCUCGCGGGUGGUCCCCGUGCUGCUGCGGCUGUUUGCGGUGCACGAGGAGCACGUGCGCACCGUGCUGCUGUCCCACCUGGAGGCCUACGUGCAGCACUUCUCCCCGGAGCAGCUGCGGACCGUCAUCCUGCCGCAGGUGCUACUGGGCCUGCGCGACACCAGCAGCUCCAUCGUGGCGAUCACGCUCCGCAGCCUGGCCGUGCUGGUCUCCCUGCUGGGGCCAGAGGUGGUGGUGGGGGGGCAGAGAAGCAAAAUCUUCAAACGCACCGCCCCCGGCUUCACCAAAAGUGCCGACCUGUCCCCAGAAGAUUCUCCCACGCACGGCCAGCACGGGACCUCCCCGCUCUCCGAGAGCCCCUCCAGCAGGCUCCCUGCGGGCUUCUUUUCCGGCAACAGGCCCAUCGACAGUGAGAAGCACAGACAGCGCGAUUCCUACAACACUCUUCCCCAGACAGGUGAUCGGUUCUCUCGGUCGAGGACAUUUCCCAUGAAUGGACUUUCAGACGCGAAAAAUACCUCAGGAGACGGUGAGAGCCCCCCGCCAAGCCCCCCGGCGCCCGAGGAGUGGCCCGACUGGAGUGAGCCCGACAACAGCCUCGUCUGCACCCCGGUGUGGCUUCCAGAGCCUCCGCAGGCUGUCGGGGCUCCACGCGCAGAGACUUGGGCUGGCCCAGGAGGCGGAGUCCUGGUUACCUCGGGGGAACAGGACGCCAUUCCCACGUCACUUCCGCUCACAGAGGCCAAGCCCUUGGCAUCGAGCCCACCCCAAAAGACUGGUCCUGCCCCAAGCAUGGACGACCCAGGCCAGGCCAAGCCACCAAAAGUGGCAUCACUAGAAAGGUGCCUGAAGGUUCCAUCAGAACUCUGUUUAGGAGAGGAGUUCACCAUUCAGGUGAAAAAGAAGCCAAUACAGGACCCUGAGUUGGAUUGGUUUGCUGACAUGAUCCCUGAAAUUAAGCCUUCAGCCGCUAUUCUUGUUUUACCUGAACUGAGGACAGAAACGAUGGUCCCCAACAAGGAUGGUGUCUCACCAGGGAUGCGAUUUUCCUCAAAAUUUGCUGCAGCAGAAAUGACCGAGGCGGAGUCGGAAGGCUGGGGAGACGCUGGGGAGCUGAACUGGGGCGACAGCAGCUGGUGACAAUGGCUGUGAGUUAAACUCUGGGAAAAAGGAUCCUUUUCCAAUACGUCAAACCAAUACCUCAAGCAGGCUCUGCAGACAAGAAAACCCCCAGGCGUCCUGCCUCAUGCCAGGAGCUUUGCCAGUCUGUGCCAAUGAAGCCAGAGCCCUGGGUGCGGCCCACAGCUGGGGAAGAGCCUGCGCCUCUGAAUGGGGCCAGGUAAUUCUGGAAGUAAAGGAAAUAAAGACAAAACUUCAAGCUGAUUAGCUUUACUUUGUGCCAUUUCUUUAACACAGGUGAGAAGAGUAAGCUCUAUUAUGAAAUAUAAUUUACUGAAAUUUAUUAGCUAUUAUGUGUAUCAAUGACUUAAAAUUGUUAUGGUUUCCGUAGGCAGCUUAUUUAUUUGUUUACAGUUUCCCAGAGUGGGGACUGGGCAGGUACUGACUGUCCCACAUGUAUUCCGUGUACCAAAGUUCAUGAAAAAUGUCCCCAUAAUCCUGUUCUCUAAACAUCCAAUAAAGACUAUUUUCA